AUGAUUAGACUAAGGACUGAAUCAGUAAGAGAAUUGAGCAAAGAUGCGUUUAGGACACUUGAUAUAGCUUCAGCUUUGGGGCACAUAGAGAUAGUGAAAGAAAUAAUGUUGAGGAGUACUGGUACCGCAAGGAAGCAAGUAUGCGGUUUGAAGGGAGAGGGAAGGACGGCCAUUCACUAUGCUGCUAUCAAUGGUAAAGUUGAGGUCAUGGAUGAACUGUUUAUUGCUUCGGCUGAAUCUUUUGGAGAAACUGCACUUCAUCUAGCUGUAAAGUACCGGUUUGAAGCCUUUAAAAAGUUUAUAGAAUGGAUGGAAUUUCUUGGUUUGGAAGAGCUUGUGAAUUGUGGUGAUGAAGAUGGGUAUACAGUCGUCCACCUUGCAAAUGUUCAGCUACUGCUUAGUUGUAAUAGCAAAAUUGCCCAGAAAUUGGAAAGAAUUCAACUGAUUUCCGUCUUCGACAAAUCGUUCAUCAGCAAUGCUGGAGCUGCAAACGCACAGCUGCAGCAUGUUGCAAUAAAUGUUGCUAACAAUCAGGAACAUGGUCCAAUCCAGCCUAGUCCCUCAUUUCAAAUGGAUCCAGAUGUUGUAGAAGAUGAAAAGAAGCAGGACGGGAUCAAAUAUUUACGGUUUCAGACCCAAAGAGACUCACCUAGUGAUACAAUGUUUUUGCCGGUGGUGGCUGCUCUAAUUGCAGCUGUCACCUUCCACGCAGGAGUUAAAAUUAGAACUGAGAUGGCUGCGUCAGAGAUGUUCUUGUUAGGGGAUUCAUUGGGUCUUUCUGCUUCGGUUCCUUCCACCACCUUUCCAAAUAUCGGUGAUGUGAAAUGGUAA